AUGCUUCAGACACAGCAUCUUUAUUCACACCAGCAACAAUACAGCCAGCAUGAACAAUCUGCUUGGCAACACAAUGGUCCGCAGCAGAAUCAUCAAGGCCUGAGUCAUGGACAACAACAAGCCCAGGCACAAGCUGCCGCCGCGGCCGCGGCCGCUGCUCAACAACAGCACUACAACCGGAUCGCGAUGAAUCAGAACCAUAAUUCGUCCCACGCGCAGAAUGCCAACCGCCAGUCGUCCGGCGACAACGCGCAAAACUCGGUCGUGACCUCCUUGACGACGAUGAACGAACAGGGCUCACCUGGCAUGGAACAACAGCUCUCCGAGGAGAACCGCAAGGUGUUGCAAUGGGUGGCGGAGUUGAUGGACCCAAAUAGGAGAGAAGGAGCUCUUAUGGAAUUGAGCAAAAAGAGAGAACAGGUGCCGGAGCUGGCUUUGAUUCUUUGGCACAGCUUUGGCGUCAUGACCAGCUUGCUUCAGGAAAUCAUCUCGGUGUACCCUUUACUGAACCCGAGCCAGCUCACCGCGGCCGCCAGCAACCGAGUCUGCAAUGCGCUGGCCCUGCUCCAGUGUGUGGCGAGUCACAAUGAGACACGAGGUCUCUUUCUUCAUGCCCACAUCCCUUUGUUCCUCUACCCCUUCUUGAACACCACAUCCAAAUCAAGACCUUUUGAAUACCUGCGCCUGACAUCUUUGGGUGUCAUUGGCGCUCUGGUCAAGAACGAGCCAUCCUCGAGCGUCUCGAUGAACCCGGCCGGAACACCUGGGGCGCCUGGAAACAGCAGCAAUUCUUCUCCCACCAUCAACUUCCUCCUCACGACGGAGAUAAUCCCCUUGUGCCUCCGCAUCAUGGAGACGGGCAGUGAAUUGUCUAAAACAGUUGCCAUCUUCAUUGUUCAGAAAAUCCUCCUGGAUGACACCGGCCUCGGGUAUAUAUGUGCCACAUACGAGAGAUUCUAUGCUGUUGGGACCGUCUUGAGCAACAUGGUCAUCGGCUUGGUUGAAACGCAAACCGUGCGUCUAUUGAAGCACGUCGUCCGAUGUUUCCUGAGAUUGAGUGACAACAACCGAGCACGUCAGGCACUUCGGCAAUGCCUGCCCGAACCCUUACGAGAUGCGACAUUCAGCAACGUGCUCCGAGACGAUGCAGCCACCAAGCGAUGUCUCGCGCAACUGCUCAUCAACCUCAGCGACACGGUCAGCGACACGCAGAACGACCAAUUUGAAUGA